AUCAGUAAUUAAAUUCCAAAUAUAAUUGAUGGUGUAUAACAAAAUCAAAUAUUCAUGAAAGUGAUAAACCAAAUACAUUACAACUUUUAUUUAAAUCGAUUAAAAUGCUGUCAAUCUGACAACGAUCAAUCACAUUCGUACCGAAAAGAAAACAUGGCGCUUGCAAGAAGUGUGUCAGGUGUUUACAUUGUUGCUGCUAAGCGCACAGCCUUUGGUACAUUUGGAGGUAAACUGAAGGAUUUCUCUGCAAACCAUUUGCAGGAAAUAGCAGCCAAAGCAGCUCUAAAUGCCAGCAAAGUUAAUCCAGAACUUGUUGGAUCACUGGUUUUUGGAAAUGUCAUACAGACGUGCACUGAUGCCAUCUACAUGGCCAGACAUGUGGGUCUUAGAUGUGGGGUCCCAGUAGCAGUCCCAGCAUUGACAGUCAACAGGCUCUGUGGUUCAGGAUUCCAGGCAGUGGUCAAUGCUGCCCAGGAGAUGAUGCUUGGAGAGAGCCAGAUAGCCCUGGUGGGAGGCACAGAGAACAUGUCACAGGCCCCGUACGCUGUCAGGAACAUCCGCUUUGGUACUAAACUGGGUGCUGAUCUCCAGAUGGAGGACGUUCUUUGGGCCGGCCUUACAGACUCCCAUACAAAGAUGCCUAUGGCAAUCACUGCUGAGAAUUUGGCUGAAAAGUACAACAUUUCACGAGCAGACUGUGAUGCCUAUGCACUUUCCUCCCAGCAGCGAUGGGCAAAAGCCAAUGAAGCAGGUGUAUUCAAAUCAGAAAUCACACCAAUCGAAGUUAAAGGCAAAAAGGGCAAGGAGAUGUUUGAGGUAGACGAGCACCCUCGGCCCCAGACCAUGCCAGAUGGUCUUGCAAAACUGCCUGCAAUCUUCAAGAAAGACGGCACAGUGACUGCAGGAAAUGCCUCAGGUGUGUGUGAUGGUGCAGCCGCAUUGGUGUUGGCAACAGAGGCUGCUGUGAAGCAACACAAACUCACUCCACUGGCCAGGCUUGUCUCCUAUGGCAUCUCAGGUUGUGACCCCAAGAUCAUGGGUAUUGGACCGGUACCUUCCAGCCAUGCUGCAUUGAAGGCCGCGGGCAAACAGCUCAAACAUAUGGACAUUUGUGAGGUAAAUGAAGCUUUUGCCCCCCAAUACCUGGCUGUAGAGAAGGAACUCGGCCUAGACCGAUCUAUCACCAACAUGAAUGGAGGGGCCAUAGCCCUGGGUCAUCCCCUGGCAGCAUCAGGGGCCAGAAUCACUGGCCACCUUGUACAUGAGUUACAUCGCCAGAAAAAGACGUUUGCACUGGGCUCAGCCUGUAUUGGUGGUGGACAGGGCAUCACUUUGAUCCUAGAGAAGUGCUGAACUAUUCAUUGAUUGCCUUAAUUAAUUUGUUAUUCCAUUAUGUGCCAUGGAGAAAAAACACCAUGGUUUGUGGACUUGUACAUGAAUUGUUAAAUUUAUUAUAUAAACUUUUUAUUGGAUUAGCAAAAUAGCAUGGUGACAUUGAAUUGCUAUAGACAACUGUGUAUGGUCUAUUGAAAUAAAUUACAUCAGAUUAAAGUAAUAACUGUAUUUUCUACACUAUGUAAAUUUGUAGUUAUUAUCAGAUCAACAUGAAAUUAAGGACAUUUAAAAGAAACAGGCAAGUGAUAUUAUCACUGAAACUAUGUUUUCAAAUUGCUUGGCAGGUGUACUUACUUGAAAAUUCUUUGUACCAGUUGCUUCUAACAGGACCAACUUAUUAAAUUAUUGAUAUGGGAUGAUGUUAUAUUUUUUAACUGAUAGUUGGUCAUUUUUUCAGGACAUUGAGAUGUCUAAACCAAUCACUUUACAUUAAGUCAUACAAAUAUCCACAACAAAUGAUUAAGUGUGUAAAUCAUUUGUAUUAUUAUACAAAGACUACAUAAAUUAUAUUUAUUACUGUUACUAUAAGCAUGCAUAUGUAUACAGAUAAUUAAUACAUGUCAUUCAUGAAAGAAGAUAAUUAAGUGUUUAUUGCCAUAAUAGAGUAUUUAUUUUCUCUUGUUGCACUUUCACAUACCUGAGAUGAAAUACAACUUAAAGCCACCUA